AACUUUUAUUUUACGCUUGCGUCUUUUCUUAAAAAACAAUGUUAAAUGAAUAAAAAAAAACAAUCAAAAUAAUUAAUUAACUUUUAUUUUACGCUUACACUUUUUCUAAUGAAAAAAAAAAUCAAAUUCGGGCUUUUAUUGAGUGCGAACAAGUCCACCGGUGCCACCUUUGUAAGACCGUCGUCGUCGUCAUCAGCUGCUGCCGGCGUGAAGUGUGUUUCUCGUCUCACACCACCAAACCCCAUCCAGUACGUCGGCGUCUCUUACUAAAUCACUGCAGAAAAAGCCCGAGUUAGUCUUCAUCCCGUAAACAGUCCUUUUCGCUUGGAACCCUAAGCCCUAAAUCGCCACCCGCCCGCUUUGAGCUCCAGUCACCGCCACGCCGCUGCUUCGCCGGCGACCGGCGACCCCGAAAACCUCCGGCCAUCUUCUGUGAGAAAGUACAAGUAAUCAAGAUUGGAGGUGCAGAGGGCGAACGAGAACAUGUGGUUGCGAUUAUUAUGGGCGGUGGGUGCUUGGGCACAUGAAUUUCUCUACUUACGAGCUGAGCAGCAGCUCCAUCUGUAAGCGAUUUCCAGACGUGAAAGAGAGAGAUGGAGAAUGGAGAAGGCAACUUAGAGAGCGAAUUUGCAGCAUUGAAGGUGACCGACUCUUACAAUGCCAAUGGCAGCGAUGGAUUGUUUCAGGUUAUGAAAGCUGUUGAAGCUGCUGAGGCAACCAUCAAACAGCAGGUAGAAGAGAACAAUCGAUUGAGAUCCGAAAUUCUGAAAAAAGAUGAGGAACUUGAAAAAUAUAAAUCAGGUGAUGUCAAAUAUCAAACAUCUCAGUAUGCUGAUAGAUGGGGUGGCCAUGAGCUGUGUCGAACUGAUCAAGUAAUUUUAAAGAUGGGAAAUCAAAUAGGUAAUGAGGGAACUGUGGGAAUCACUUCUGAACAUGAUUCGCCAAAUUCCCAUACACUUGAAUCAGAUGUGAUCCGAAGUAAUAAGAAUCAUGCAAUGGAAACUCGUAUAGAAAACCAAACUGAUGGCAAUGCAUUCAAUGGAUCAUUGAGCUCGACUCUUGGAGCAUCAGAUAAUUCUGGAGUCUCACAGAUUCCGUCACCAUCUAUCACAUUGUUUACGCCUACAAGGUACCCGCAGCAAAGCAAUUUGGAUUCGGAGUUUGGAUAUUCGGGGAAGGAUUUGAUUUCAAUGGCUGACAGUGGUUCGAAGCAGGAUAUUGUUGCAAGGAUUCGAGACCAUGAAGAGGAGAUUCAACAGUUGAAAAGGCAUCUUGCUGAAUACUCAAUAAAGGAAGCUCAAAUCAGCAAUGAGAAAUAUGCCCUCGAGAAACGAAUAUCAUACAUGCGUCUGCAACAACAAGAUCUCAUUCUUGCUGCUUCAAAAGCAGUUUCCUACAGACAAGACAUAAUGGAGGAGAAUGUCCGUCUAAAGUAUGCAUUACAGGCUGCUCAACAAGAAAGAACAACAUACGUAAGUUCUUUAAUGCCCCUUCUUACGGAGUAUUCUCUCCAGCCGCUUGCUGCCGAUGCACAAUCCAUUGUCAGUAAUGUUAAGGAGCAGCUUCUUGUGACUGAGGGAAAACUCAAAGAAUCACAGUACCAGCUAGCACCCUGGCGUUCUGAUGCGAAUCUCUCCAACUUUCCUCAGUCUCCAAUCUAUCCUAUUGAGAUCAAAGAUGGGCUGGAACUGGUUUCACAACCGACAUAUUCUGAUGGAAAUAUGCCAUCUUUGGAUCCCCAGACAGCAAUGGCUGGAGAUAUGGUGGGUCUUCCACAAAGUGGAUUGGAAAAUUUGAAGAAUUCGGAACACGGCGAAUUGGGGAGGCAUCCACCUUUUGCAAGCAGUCAAAGUCCAUCAGAGCUUUCAUUCAACCAGACUGAUCCACAUCAUGUUCGGAAUAACGAAGGUGCAGUCGGUAAAAAAGUCACAUUCGGUGACUUUGUUAAGAAUACUGAGAUUGAUGAACCUGACAACAGAGGACCCAUGAAUGAUACAGAACCUUCUGUUAACUGGAAUUCCAAAGCAUCAGCAACGACGACUGUUGAUGAUCCCGAGUCCUCAUUUUCUCCUCUUCUACCACCAGUUCUUGAGGAACCCUCGUCUUCCUUCUCUGAGGCUGCAGAGGAUGAUCCACUACCAGGAAUUGAGGGUCUCCAAAUUUCAGGGGAAGCAUUUCCUGGAGCGAAGCAGCCAAAUUAUCUUGUAACUGCAGAUGAUGUUGAUACAUACCUUGCCAUUGAAGUACAGCCGCUUGAUGAUAGGAAGCGUAAGGGUGAACUUGUGAAAGUCUUCGCCAAUGAGCAUAGAAAAAUUACUUGCGAUCCGGUAAUGCAUAAAUGCAUAGAGAAGACUCUUUACACUGGUCAUGUUUCUUUCAAGCUCUCUCUUUCGGUCUCUAUUCCAUACGGAAGUCCUGAUGAAUUCUCAAUAGUUGAUUCUCUGGGUACUGAACGCAUUUUGAGAGUGGACAGUAGCUUGACGGAUAUAAGUGGGCCGGUGAAAAGAAGAGGAAGAAGAGAAGCUUGUUCUUUAACAAGUGAGCAGCCGAUUCUCGGCAUGCCCACUUCUUCUUCGACUUUGACCUCUAUGAUCUUUUGAUUUUGACCGCACGUUAUUAUGUACUUUGCCGUGGCAGUAACUUCCUAGAUUUUCAUAUGGAUUAUCAGUAGCAGUUAGGUAUUUAUUGCCUUGUAUAGAAUUCAGUUUUUGAUUUUAUACAGUGGAUUUGCUCCUUGUGUUUUGGCAUAAAAUUCUCCCUUUAAUGCAUGAAAAUAUGGGUUCAGUACAGCACACAUCCAAUGGAGAACAUAUAUCCAAAGAUUCUUACUUUUAAAAUAUUUAUUUAUGGCAAAAUGCA